GACAUUACUGCAAGUAUUGUUGCUGCAUCAUUUAAGAUGAUAAUAUAACAUUAAAUAUCGUAAAUAUGUUAUGAUGGCGAAAGGCCUGUUCAGCCCGAACUGAUAUGAAAUGUCUUAUUGCUCAUCAUGUCUUACGGAAUGAUGGACAGCUGUCACUCACAGCCGAGAGAUUUCAGCAAUCUCACUCAGACAUGCAGCUCAAACAUCCAGAAAAUCACACAAAACACUGGCCAGAUCAAGAGCAUGCUGUUCCAGCUCAGUACCAGACCGGACACACCAGAACUUCAGGACCGACUCCAGCAAAUGCAGCACUACACAAACCAGUUAGCAAAAGAGACCAACAGACAUCUGAAAGAGCUGGGCUCUCUGUCACAGCCGCAGUCCCCUUCAGAACAGCGGCAGCAGAGGAUCCAGAAAGACCGUCUGAUGAAUGACUUCUCGGCCGCCCUCAACAACUUCCAAGUGGUUCAGCGCCGAGCCGCGGAGAGGGAGCGCGAAUCAGUGGCCAGGGCGCGAGCUGGAUCCAGACUCCAGGUUGAUGAGCUCAAUCAAGAUGAACAGCUUGUGACAUUUGAAAAAAAUGAAGGGUGGCGAAUGCAGGCAGAAGAGGAGCCUGUGACUGAAGAGGACCUGGAGCUUAUUAAAGAGAGAGAGACCAAUAUCCGUCAGCUGGAGUCAGACAUCAUGGAUGUGAAUCAGAUCUUCAAGGAUCUCGCAGUCAUGAUCCAUGACCAAGGUGACAUGAUAGAUAGCAUUGAAGCCAACGUGGAGAGCGCAGAGGUGCAUGUGGAGCGAGGGGCCGAGCAGAUCCAGCAGGCGGCCUAUUAUCAGAGAAAAUCCCGCAAGAGGAUGUGUAUUCUGGCUCUUGUCAUGUCGCUAGUGGCAACCAUUUUUGCUAUAAUCAUUUGGCAAGCAGUCAGAUAAGAUGAGAGCUGAACCUGACUGAUCCUGCUCCAGUGUUGAGUGUGUGUGUGUGUGUGUGUCAGAGGUGGCCUUUACCAUUGUGUUUAGCAUUGUUAACUCUUUAAUAGUUACUCUUAAUAGUCUAUUUAAAAUGCAUUCUGUCCAUGCAUUACAAUCAACAUUCAAUCUUCGUCACUCUCUCCGCCCCUCAGCGUUAAUGACCAUGAGAGCAAAGAAAUAAAAAUGAAAGAACAGGGAUUAGAUAAGUGAUUUAAUACAAUAUGGAUAAGAAUAUGCUACAUCAAGAGGAAUUUAUUUACACUUAGGUAAAUCUGAUUUUGACAUUUAGAACUUGUCUUUCUGAUAAUGAAGUGCUGCAAAAUCUCUAAAAAAUGUAUCUUUAUACAGCGAUCUCAUAACAUCGUGUUCAAUUGUAAUCUGGGCAAGUGCGGACAGUAUUUCUUGCCGCGUGUUGGACUGCAUGAGAUAUAAAUAUAGAAAAUUAAACUGCCAGUAGAUGGCAGCAAAUUAUUUUCUUACAGGUUUUUACAAUCACUAGGACUCAUUUCUCAAUACUUAGGUCACUUUUUCAAAUCUCUUCACACAGUUCUCCUACCAACUUUCAGCUUCACAGCAGUUAAUUUCACAUUCAAACUGCACUAAAACUAGCAAACCACUUUAUACAUGUUUUAAAUCAACUCAUUCUUCCAGAACACUAGCAAAGGAUGUCAACCAACAAACACACUUUGGCUGCGUCCGAAAUCUCAUACUCUCUCGAGUAAUUACUUCACGACUGCUAAAAAAGUACAUUCUAUAUAGUAUGAAUGUGUGUAGUAUGAAUGUAAUCUGGAUGUCCUACAUCCUCCACACUGUCAUUAUCAUGUGACCUACCAGCGUCAGUUCACAAACCCUCUUCCAUGGCCUCAUGGGAUAGGAAAUGUCCAUCGUGUGCACACUUAAGAAUCUCGCCGGAAGUAAUAGGCCACUUUUUGCCUGCUGUGAAUUUGGACAUACUUCAUUUGUCACAUGCUGUUUUUUAUAUUCCCUAUUAUAUUGUAGGGAAGUAUGUGAUUUUGGAUGCAGCAUUUGUCACUCAUAAAACAUUGGGUCUCAUUCGCUAACAGUGCGUACGCUCAAAUUUGUGCGUGUAAUAUGCGUGUGAACGUUUUUACGAACAAAUCAUGAUUCAUCAAUAACUUUCGUUCUAAAUUUUAUCCUAAAUUUGCGAAAAAAUGUAGGACUGUUCAUACACAGAUCACAUACCCAUGAAAUUUUAUGCAUACAUAUUUCAUCUUAAAUAUAUUUCAUCAUUACACACACACAUUCUGUAUAUAUAAAGUAAGAAAAGGUGCAUUAUAGCUCGAGCUGCGAGUUUCCUCUGCAUCAAGAUACAGGUGUGCGUAUGUCCAGCUGGCUAAUCUGAGUCUGUAUUACAGGUGUUUCAUGUGUUUGAACUUGUUUUGAGGAUGGCAUUGCUCGAGGAUCUCGCUGCAUGUGCUCUCAGGCAAGAGCGCGUCUGUAGAGCGGCUGAAGGAAAGCCCUUAUAUGGACAUGAUUUGGGCGUGUUUUAUGCAAAUGACUAACCUCGGGCAUGCGGUCGCUCAUUUAGAACGCUGUCCAAAUCCAUUAACGUUCAAACGAGGUUAAGAGCUAAUCCUCACACACGUGUUGUGAAGUAGGUGUACAUUUUUCAUGAGAAGUUCUGUGCGCAUAAAUACAAAUAACACCCGCAAUUAUUAAUGAAUGUGACAGAGUGACCUGAAAAAUACUAACAGGCAGCAUUAUACAAUGUUUGCUUUGUAAAAUGUCUUUAGAAAACAAGAACGACACACUCUCCUGAUGAUAAUUCACUGCAGUAUAUGUAACAUAGCCAAUGUUUGCAUUGCAGUACAAAAUUAUUCCUAAGUUUCCUCUUUUGUAUAGAUAGUAAUGUAAUUGAAAGACUAACAGUUGUUUUGAUAGUAUUUAAUUUUUUAAUUUUUUUUUUACACUAAAAAUGGUACUUGAGGCGACUCGUCUUGAGAACGAGUCUGCAAAACUACACGCACACUUUGCAUUUCUGUUUAUAGUGUAAAUAUACCUAAUUUGAUCACUUAGAAAUCAAAACUCAAUGAUUUGAGAGACAAAUACAUUUUUCACCCUUGCAUUUCUGUUUAUUUUGUAAACCUUUAUUUCUAUAGUGCUUUAUACAAUACAGACUGUUUCAAAGCGACUUCACAAUAGCAACAAGUAAAUUCUGCUCUAACAAGCCAACAGUGUCAUUAUUCAGCUCAAGUGAGUUCAGUGUUGAUUCAGUUCUGUUCAAUAACUGUAACAUUAAUCAACUGUGCAACAAUUGUGAAUAUAUAUAUAUAUAUAUACAGUGUAUUUGUGCUUCAUUUACUGUAUGCAAUGUAGCAAAUUGCUGUCUUAUUUAUUUUUGUAUGAUGUUUUUAUUAUUAGGUUUUGAACAGUUUUGAAAAGAGUAUGUAAACUCUUGUAUAGCACAUAAAGUGUUGGUGGUAGGUGUUUCUAAUUGAGAAAUGCAUUCAUGUAAAUUGAAACAUGUCAUCAUUGAAUGCAUUUUGCGCCAAAGCUGAUAAAUGAUCCACAGUUUAACCCGCAUAGACUGAUGCUGUGAUCACUGUGUGAAGAGUUUUGAGAAAGUGACCCAUUGAGAAAUGUGUCCUGUGAUUGUAAAAACUAACGAGUGAGUCAUUCAAUCAUUCAGUCACAAAGUCACCUUACAUUAACUUCUUGUUUAUGAUAUAAAUAUGAAAAGCAAGUACUCAUGCAGGGACAUUUUUGCCACACAUAUCUUGAUUUUUGGGGGGAAUGUUUAUUAAUUUUGGUGGCAUUUUUGCCUCAAGCCCCCGUUAAUUUCCUUGAUUGCGGGGGCGGGGCUCUUUUUAGAGCACAAGCAGAUGGAGGUGUGUGUGUGUGUUUAUUGUGUGUGUAUUUUAUGCAUGUGCAGGCAUGUAUUUAGGAAAAAAUAACUUCAAUUUCUGCACGAAUUGCUCAAAAUAAAAAUUGUCUCAAACAUUUGUAAUCAUAUACACCCUUCUUAUAAGACAUCAAUCAAGCAUCUCAUCACCUCAGAUCUCAGAUCAAACUUAAUUGGCACUUUAAACAGUAUAUAUUUAUUAUUAAUAUGCAUCAGAUCUCAAUGCUAUGAGCCAUUCAUGCAGAAAUACAGACCAUUUCAAAGUGUUUCACUAAUCCUGCACUUAUGUGUCAGACACUGAUAGUAAGAGAAUAGUUUCCAUAUAAUAUGUUUGUCUAUGAAUUAUCUGGAGCAUAUACGGUACAGCAUUGAAAACGAGACCUACGUUUGCAUGAAUGUAAUUCCUUUUACAAAUGGUAUUUUGUUGCAAGUCUUGGUUCAUUUUUCUCAGCUGAAAUUAUGCAAAAUAAUAAUACUUUGUUUAUUCUCAAGAAAUAUUUAUUUCUCAAAAUGAAUUAAAAGAAACUGUUCUAAUGUUGUGUAUGAUUUGAUGCACAGUGCUUUGAUCUCACAAGUAAAUGUAUUUCUUGGUAGUACAUAAUAAAGAUGAAAUAAGUUUCUUCA